UCACAAGCGCGGCUUUGGCUUGCCAUGCUUAUUCGUAGUAGGAUUUGUGACAAGGGCUGCGGGCGCGUCAGACAUGAACAUGGCUCCGAGCGGCGUUCAGGCCACUGAAAGCAAGGAGCAACGCAACACUGUUAUCUUCAAUGCCUCAAAAAGGGAACUCUUCUCUGCCAACUCGGGCUACAAAACGCUGCAGAAGCGACUGCGAACCAACUGGAAGAUACAAACCUUGAAGGAUGAGGUGUCGGAGGAGAAGCUUUUGGGAGCUCGUGUGUGGAUCAGUGGAGGCCCACGAGAGAAGUUUACAGCAGCUGAGAUUGAAGCACUGAAGAGGUACCUGGACAGUGGAGGCACGGUGCUGGUGAUGCUGGGUGAAGGAGGCGAGGCCAAACAUGAUACCAACAUCAACUUCCUGCUUGAAGAGUUUGGGAUUAUGGUGAACAAUGAUGCUGUGAUACGAAAUGUUUACUACAAGUACUACCAUCCCAAGGAGGCCCUCAUAUCAAACGGUGUCCUGAACAGGGAGAUAAACCGGGCAGCCGGCAAGCCGGUUCCUGGAGCAGGGGAUGAUGAAAACGGCAGUCAUAUCUCACAGGGUUUGACAUUUGUGUACCCAUACGGAGCAACCCUGAAUGUCAUGAAGCCGGCAGUGGCAGUGCUGUCUACAGGCAGUGUGUGCUUCCCACUCAAUCGGCCUGUGCUUGCCUUCCAUCACAACAAGCAAAGUGGAGGGAAGCUUGCUGUACUGGGCUCAUGUCACAUGUUCAGUGAUCAGUACCUGGACAAGGAGGAGAACAACAAGAUUCUGGAUGUUUUGAUGCAGUGGCUCACAACGAAAGAUGUUCAACUCAAUCAAAUUGAUGCGGAGGACCCAGAGAUCUCGGACUACAACAUGCUGCCCGAUACGGGAAAGUUGGCUGAGAAUCUGCGUGUCUGCCUGCAGGAGAGCGAUGAGAUUCCACGCGAUUUUACCACCCUCUUUGACAUCAACACCUUCUCCCUUGACAUGACGUCGCUGCCCAAAGUUAUUGAAGCUUAUGAGCAGCUAAACAUUAAACAUGAAUCACUUCAGCUCAUUCAGCCGCAGUUCGAAACCCCACUGCCACCCCUCCAGCCAGCUGUGUUUCCACCUAAUUUUCGGGAACUGGGGCCUCCUCCACUGGAACUUUUUGACCUGGAUGAAGCAUUUUCAUCAGAGAAAGUCCGUCUAGCACAGCUCACCAAUAAAUGCACAGAUGACGAUCUGGAGUACUAUGUUCGGAAGUGCGGUGACAUCUUGGGUGUGACGAGCAAGCUGCCAAGAGAGGCACAAGAUGCCCGCCAUGUUCUGCAGCAUGUCUUUUUUCAGCUUGUUGAGUUUAAAAAACUGAACCAGGAGCAGGACAUUGACGCAGCAGAGUCCUUCCAGAACUAACGACUGGCCGUUCAUCAUCCAGUCACAUCUGCUGGGCAGCAGAGCCUUCCAAAGCUCUCUUUGAGCACCACAUUUUCUCGAGUAAUGUACAGUUCCAUUGUUCAUCAUUUGUAAGCCGACCAGACAAUCCUAAUGAUCUCUGAAGGCACAUGCAUAAUUGUGUAUAUGUGCGUGAGUGGAGCUGUGGUGUAGUUGUUUGUGUGCUUUCCUACCAAUAUCGUGACCUGGAUUCAAGUCCUGGUUAUGGAUAACAUCAUUGGCAAAUGUUAUCUGUUGCGGGCCUCCUCUAGGAGAACCUGAUUCAGCACCGAGAAGGCAUUUGGAUGUGUUUAUUGCCACAUCACUCUGUCAUUUGAGCCUGAGCAGGUGCGCACUUACAGUACUGGCCCUAACAUAACGUAUGCUUUUUAGGAAAAUGUUUGUCUUAAUGUGAGAAAAAGGCACGUUUAUGCUCGAAAACAAACAUGCAUAAAUCAACACAUUGCAAAUAUCACUUUUAAUCGAGUUAUACUGUCAUGUAAAAUGGUUAAUUUGGUCAAUUUACAUCUUUUUAUGAAAUAUUCCCUGUGAAUUAGACAUUGUAUUGCUGGACUUAUCCAAUACAACCGAGUGAAAAAGAAAUAUGCACACCGCUUGACAUAUGCACAUAGAAGUUGACAGGUUAAUUACCCUUCAAACUGCCAAUUUGAUCCAAACAUUCCACCCACAUUAUAUUGAGACUGAAAGAGAUAUGAGACGUUCAGAUAAUAAUGUACAAUGCAUGGUAAGUGUAAUUGGUACUAUUUUUUUAAAAUGCAAAAUGAGUUUUGCAAAGUGUGAAACAUCACAAUAUUUCAAAUUCUGCCUUACCAUUUUCAUUACCUUUAUGGAACCCUGCGGCUGAUUGCCUAAAACACUUGACGUUUAUUUUUUUGUUAUUUUACGUUAGUUAUUAUAAACUAAUGUAAAAUGUCACUUAUGGUGAUUUACUGUAUUUCCUGGAGGAAGGCAGAGAGAAGAGAUUGGACGUGUGAAAAGUCCCACUUGAUUUCAUACAUUAAAUUGCAAGUACUGGAGGUAGUUUUUUUUUUAUCUGGCAGUCUACCACAGAGUUUUACAAAUUCCUCACGUGAGCAUGUCAUUAGUUUAAACUUCAGCACUAAAAGUUUUGGAUGACUUGGGAGUGUGAGCCACUUUACAACUUGCAUGUAUCUAAUUCCUAUGGAUGUGAAGAAUAUAAUUAUAGUACUGAUCGAAAAGGUAAAUUGUUUAUGUUAUUAAGCAGUGAAUAUUGCAUCAAGUUUCACAAAUGAGAAGUUAUAAUUGGUCAUGAUUUUAAAUGGUACAGGACAGUAUUCAACAAGUAUAAGCACUGCACGGUAUAGCAAUCUGAAUUACAUUUAAAUUAUGUUUGUUAUCUUGUAUUGUGCAUCAUUUAAUUAAACGUGUAGGAUGGUGCUUUGCUAGACUGUUGCAUUAUGGGUAGCUUUACUUCUGACGGGUUGUAAAUACAUUUAUAACUAUAAGUGUGGAAUGUUGCACCAUAUUCGAAUACUUUCAUACAAUUAUCUUUGCUAUAUAUGCAUAUAUUUAUAAUAAAACUUCCUGAAUCAAA